AUGAAGAGCCUGCUCCUGACUGUCACACUGUUUGUCCUGGUGGCUGUCCUACAAGCUCAGGAUGACCUGCCCUUCCUCUCAGAAGAAAAGAAACUCUCAGGUGUCUUGUUCGUGAAGGCUACAGUGAGUGAUAGGAACCUGACAGAGCUGAGACCUCUGGUAGUGUUCCCUAAUAGAGUGUCAUGUCCAGAACAAGGAACUUUGGAGAUCAGGACCACCAUCGCGUCUGAGGGCCAGUGCAUCAAGGUUGGACUCCGUAUGCAGAGAACAGAGGAGCCUGGCCAAUAUAGCUCCUUUUCUGGCCGUAUGCUGUCCCACAUCUAUGAGUUGCCAGUGAAGGACCACUACAUCAUACACACUGAAAUCUUUUUGUUUGAGAAAAGAUCUGAAGAAGUUGACCUCCUAGGAAAGCAUCUAAAAGAAAACCUAGAAGCCAUGGAAGAAUUUAAGAAAUUUAUACAGCACAAAGGACUUCUCCAAGAAAACAUUAUUGUGCCGGAGCAGAGGGAACAUUGUGUUCCCAAGCAUGACAGUGUUGUAUAUGUACUCCUGGAGGAUGAGUGUGCAACAUCAUUUUCUCCCAAGAAGCUGUCCAUUGCUCUCAAGUGA